AUGCGUUGGUGGCCGUGGUCAAGACAAGCGGAACAACAAGCGCAGCAACAACAGGAUAGGGCGGAUAGUGAUGCCGUGCUAACGAAUUACUCGCGGGGUCAAAAGAUCCUCUUGGAAGACACCCCUCCAAAGUUCGCCGAUGAUUUGUCCAAUUCCCAGUUGGCCAAGAAGCAAGAGCGGGCUACUUUGAAGGAAGCCUGGGAUUCGAUUAGAUGGAGCGACUUCACUCUGCAGAGGCUGACUUCGAUACCGUGUUUUAGAGACGCGGGCAUGCUCGGGUUUUCUAGCAUGUUCUUGAUGGGGUCCGUUAUAUUUAUAUACCAUAAGAGUCCGACAAAGGCCAUGAAUUGGGCGAUGAGCUCUUUAAUAUUGGGGUCUAUUGUCGGAUGGGAGCAAUGCAGGCUGAAAAGACAAAAAAGUUUCCAGAUCGCUCAAUUGGCAAAGGAAACUGUGGCGAAAAAGGAAAAGCCAAUGCUGCACAGUGUCUCUCAUGACCCAUCUUUGUCGGGACAGUGGGAAGCCGCCAAAAAUGAAAAGCAGAAUCAGUUCCAACAAAGCAAUCAGAAUUUAUCGCAGACCUCCUCUGAGAAGAAAUGGUACAAGUUUUGGUGA